UCAGACACAUAUACGGAGCACGUAAGAAAAAUAAAAACUGGUUCAGCGACAGAGUUGGAUUCAUUUCUCUUACCUCUAUCAAAUACCACCCAAACAUCGUCGUCUUCUACACUCUUCUCUGGUAAGUUCAUCGAAAGAUCAAAUCAAGAUCCCUGCCAAAAUGAACGACGGUGAUGUAUCCAAGCAGAUCCAGCAGAUGGUGAGAUUCAUCCGCCAGGAAGCGGAGGAAAAGGCUAACGAGAUCUCUGUUUCCGCUGAAGAGGAGUUCAACAUCGAAAAGCUUCAAUUGGUGGAAGCGGAGAAGAAGAAGAUUAGGCAGGAGUACGAGAAGAAGGAGAAGCAAGUUGAAAUCCGAAAGAAAAUUGAGUAUUCGAUGCAGCUUAAUGCAUCUAGGAUCAAGGUCCUUCAGGCUCAAGAUGAUGUGGUUAAUGCUAUGAAAGAAUCAGCAUCCAAGGACCUUCUCAAUGUGAGCCAUGAUCACCAUGUUUACAAAAGGCUUUUGAAAGAUCUAAUUGUUCAGAGUUUAGUUAGACUGAAAGAGCCUGGAGUCCUACUCCGUUGUCGCAAAGAAGAUUUGCAUUUGGUGGAGUCUGUUCUGGAUUCAGCAAAGGAGGAAUAUGCUUCUAAAGUGAAUGUUCAUCCACCAGAGAUAAUCAUUGAUGAUGUCCAUCUUCCCCCUGGCCCUUCUCAUCAUCAUGGUUUUUUCCAUCAUCAUGCUGAGGCUCACGGACCUUUCUGCUCUGGAGGUGUAGUCAUAGCAUCUCGAGAUGGAAAAAUUGUGUUUGAGAAUACCUUGGAUGCACGGUUGGAUGUUGCAUUCAAUAAGAAACUUCCAGAGAUCCGCAAGUGGCUUUUUGGUCAGGUUGCUGCUUGAAGGCUUAAGAUGGUAUUGUUUUUCUCAGCAGCUUUUGUCAUCGGCCAUAGAGCAUAGUGAUUAAGUUAUUUGUUCCAUGUAUUUGCUCUCUCAUAUUGUUCUCCCCGAAUAGUUUAUUUGUUUGAUAAAAGUCAGUGAAACUCUUGUUCGAUUGGUCCGUAUAUCAUUUUGUGGGAUUGUGAAAGUACUGUUUUUAAAUAAUGAAUAAAAUUUGAAAUGUUUGCUUA